AUGGCCGCCGAAGUCGGAGAGGGUAACUGCAUCGGCUAUGCUGCCAGGGAUCAGUCGGAAUUCCUCUCGCCCUUAAAGUUCAACCGCAGGGAAGUGGGGCCCAAGGACGUGCGCAUCCGCAUCACGCACUGCGGCAUCUGCCACAGCGACCUGCACCAGGCCAAGAACGAAUGGGGCGGCUCGCAGUACCCCAUGGUCCCGGGGCACGAGAUCGCGGGGGUGGUGGAGGCGGUGGGCUCCGAGGUGACCAAAGUGGCGGUGGGGCAGAGGGCGGGCAUCGGGUGCAUGGUGGACUCGUGCCGCACGUGCCAGCCAUGCGUGCAGCACGUGGAGCAGUUCUGUCCGCAGUGCGUGUACACGUACAACAAGGUCGACCCCAAGACCGGCGAGACCACGCAGAGCGGCUACUCCUCCUUCUACGUCUGCGACCAGGACUUCGUGCUGACGAUUCCCGACAAGCUGCCGUCCGACGUGGCGGCGCCGCUGCUGUGCGCGGGAAUCACGGUGUACUCGCCCAUGGUCUACUACGGCAUCAACCAGCCGGGCAAGCGGUUGGGAGUGGUGGGGCUGGGCGGGCUGGGCCACAUGGCGGUGAAGUUCGGCAAGGCGUUUGGCAUGCAUGUGACGGUGCUGAGCACGAGCCCCAGCAAGGAGAAGGAGGCCAAGGAGGUGUUGGGCGCGGAUCAGUUCAUUGUUACCAGGGAUGCUGAUACCAUGAAGGCGGCAGUGGGGACAUUGGACGCCAUAGUGGACACGGUGUCGGCACAGCAUGAGCUGGCGCCGUACCUGGAUCUCCUCAUGUUCAACGGCAAGAUGAUUGUUGUUGGCGUGCCCCCAGAGCCCUACGGCCUGCAUGCCGGCCAGCUCAUCUUCGGCCGCAAGACUCUGGCUGGUAGCUUGAUCGGAGGGAUCAAGGAGACUCAAGAGAUGCUGUACUUCUGUGCUGAGAAGGGGGUUGCACCUAUGAUUGAGACCAUUAACAUCCAGGACGUGAACAAGGCAUAUGAGAGGAUGCUCAAGAUCGACGUGAAAUACCGCUUUGUCAUCGACAUUGAGAAGAGUCUCAAAGUCCCCUAG